AAGUGACGGAGACGAGGACCCGGAUGUGGAGGGGGCGGGGCUCCCGCGCACCCCGGCGCGCGGGUCACGUGAGGCGGCGGUCACGUGACGGGGAGAUGGGGACCGCGCUGGACGUGCGGGUGAAGCGCGCCGGGAAGGUUUAUCGCGAUGGGGAAAUCCUUUCUGGAGUGGUGGUCAUCACCAGUAAGGACACGGUGCAGCACCAAGGGAUCUCCUUAACCAUGGAGGGCUCAGUGAAUCUGCAGCUCAGUGCCAAAAACGUGGGCGUGUUUGAGGCCUUCUGCAACACUGCCAAGCCUAUCCAGAUUAUCAACAGCACCAUUGAAAUGGUGAAACCAGGGAAGCUCCCCAGUGGCAAGACAGAAAUUCCCUUUGAAUUCCCGCUGCAAAUGAAGGGCAACAAAGUUCUGUACGAGACAUACCACGGGGUCUUUGUCAACAUCCAGUACACCCUGCGCUGUGACAUGAGACGCUCCCUGCUGGCAAAGGACCUGACCAAGACUUGUGAAUUCAUUGUCCACUCCCUGUCACAGAAAGGGAAGCUGCUGCCCAGCCCCGUGGACUUCACCAUUACUCCUGAAACUCUGCAAAACGUUAAAGAGAGAGCCUCCCUUCCCAAAUUCCUGAUCAGAGGGCACCUGAACUCCACCAACUGCGUGAUCACGCAGCCGCUGACGGGGGAGCUGGUGGUGGAGAGCGCCGAGGCGGCCGUCAAGAGCAUCGAGCUGCAGCUCGUGCGAGUGGAGACCUGUGGCUGUGCCGAGGGCUACGCCAGGGACGCCACCGAGAUCCAGAACAUCCAAAUCGCCGACGGCGACGUCUGCAGGGGGCUGCCCAUCCCCAUCCACAUGGUGUUCCCCAGGCUCUUCACCUGCCCCACCCUGGAGACCACCAACUUCAAAGUGGAGUUUGAAGUGAACAUCGUGGUGCUCCUGCACGACGACCAUCUCAUCACGGAGAACUUCCCCCUGAAGCUGUGCAGGAUGUGAACGUCCCAGGAGAAGCAGGGAAGGAUUUCCUGGGAAUUCCUCUGAGGGGAAAUGGAGCUUCAUCCAUGCCUGCCUCCAGCUGGAGCCUCCUCCUUUCCCUCUCCCUGUGGGCACCUCUUGUGCUUUCCCUUCCCUGCUAACCUGGCCCAGACUUUGCCUCUCUGCCUUUCCCAGUCCUGCUGCCUUCAACAUCCAUGUUUUCCCCAAAUUUUCCUCAGGCAGGUCCUGAAGGAAUCAUUCUGUGGCUUUCUACAGCUUGUACAAGGAUGUAGCAAUUUCUUCUCAUUUUCAUUUUCUAAUACUUGUUCCAAAGUGCUUUGAAAGCCCCUUAAAACUCAUCAAUCCCAUUCCAGCCUUACUGGGAGGGUAUGGGAAUUGUGUUGGAGUGGGAAAUAAGGUCUGUGAGGAUCUGGAAAAUGCUGCUACAACUCUGAAAGGUGGAAGAUCUGCCCCAAGGUGGAUGGGAAAUGAGUGGCUUCAAAUCUCACCAAGGAAAUUUUUGGUCAAAUUAGGAACAGGAAUUGGUGUUGGAGGAGUUUGUGUUUGUGACUGUACAGCUUAAGGGGAAAUUCAGUAAGAAAGAACCUUCCCCACACCAACAGGUUGUGGGUUUUGAUGUUGUUUUAGUGGAAAAGCCACAAUUUGUGGAUUUUCCAUUCAUUUUCCAUGUGGGGCAGAGGCAGGCUUAGCCUAGCCUAUGGAAACUGGAAGUGCAGAGAUGAGCACCUAAAAAGGCAGAGUUAAGAAAACUAAGAAAAGUAAUUUCCUUUGGUUUAUCCAGCAGCUUUGCCAAGCAGGAGAAUGCCAUUCCACUCUGGGCCCUGGUGUUUUGGGAAGAAAAAGCUGAAAAUUACAUUUCAGUGUCUGGGAAUGGGGAGGAAAAUGCAAUUUACUGAAACUCAGCACUUUUCCCUGAGACCAGGGAAGGUUUUGGGGAACACCUGCAGCCCCCAAAAACACUGGAAGCUGGAAAGGAUUCCAGUGCUGGAAUUUUUAGGCCUUAAUUCUACAGCACAGAGUAGUUACUCACCUCUAACUCCGACUGAGCAGAAAUACUACACAGAAACAACA